AUGGCAGACGCAGACGAAGAUGCCAUUCCCACAACGUCCAUCUCGAACCCUGACGAUUUCGAAGAUGAGACACAAGAUUUUCGAUUCCUCUCUUCAAUCACCGCCGCGAAGAGCGGACAAACGAUAGUCCCAAAGCGAGGGGACAAAGAUUUCGAACCCAACCCUACACGAUCGCAAGCCUCUGCCCUCGAUGCUUCGCGCCUUGCUAUGCACAAUGCGCUCAGUGGCGUCAGAACCCAUGUAGGCAAGCAUAUCGUGGGACAGUAUCUGCCCAACGAGGAAGAUUGGAGAUGGGACGACAAAGCCGCAGGCGCAGCCAGGAACGGACGUUGCGUCGUGGUUCCAAAGUUCAAAGGAACGCUUGCGAAGACAUUAGGACUGGCUGACAGACAUAACUUUACGUGGUUUUUGCCGGAGGAGGCACUGUUCUUAUUGGAACGGGGAACUCUAGACAUCCGAUGGCCCGACAUUGAGGACGAAAAGAGCGAGAACAAGAACGAGAAGAGUGAAGAAGAGACCGACGUCUCAAUCCACCAAGGUGAAGACACCGACCAGAGCGCGGCACCCACCAAAGGAGCCGAGGAGAGUACCAACAUCGAGCCCCAACAAACGCAGCAAGAACCCGAUUUGAAAAUCGGUGAAUUGCCCAUGAGUCUACAAGGUGCCUAUGCCAGCUUCAUAGGCAAAGACGGCCUCACGCUUGAACGAUACACCGUCUACGCCGGGCUCAGAAGAAUAGGAUACAUUGUUCAACGGGCGCCAACGUGGCACGAUGAAGACCCAUCUCCAGCAAAUGAUCACCAUUCACAAGCCGAAUCUCAAGACCUGACAAUAUCUUCCUCAGCCUUCUCAUCAUCGUCAUCACCCACACCACCACACAUUAUACCUAAUGCAAUUUCUAACGCCGCAAGUCUCAUCCACAGGCUUGUAUCAUGGCUUUCUCACCCAAGCCGAGACGGCGCAUGUACCGCUACCGGACCUCUCGUUGCCGCAGGCCUAUACAGGAACUACACAGACAUGUUCCGCGCGUUGUCUCUGAUACCCUAUCACAAUCCCACUGGGCCUCUUUUACCCAGUCGUGAAUCUGACAACAGUACCAAUACCAAUACCAACGACAAAAACAAAUCCUCUUCUCAAUCCAGUCCGACAACCCCAAAAGCUCCCUUCCGGAUCCACUUCCACGUGUGGAAACCCAACGCGCAAACCAGUUACCGUAAAAGCGCGCCCCCUCCUCCAGACUACCGUAUCGCCGUCGUCGACGCGCGAACCACGUCCAUGCCGACACUUUCAGAGGUCGGCACCCUGCUGGACUCGCAGCCCGAUGAUGCCCUGACGAAAGAGCAGGCCGGCAGACUAGAAACCCGCAUCCGGCACGGUCGGAGGAACGUCCUGCUCGCAGUCGUCGACAUGGGCGUGGUGAGCUAUCUCCGGCUCAGCGAUGCCUGUUUCGGUGCGGAAAAGCUGUACGAAGAAAAAGUCCGCGCCGGGUCCAAGGGAAAACGAUCAGGUCAGUCGGGCGCUCCUCCGAGGGGGGGAAAAAGCCACCAGGGUCAAAAUCAGAAUCAGAAUCAGCAGCAGUCAAAAAACAAAUAA